ACUUUAAUAUAUUGACGCGUUAAAUGUAAUAUAAUCAGUUGAUGUUCAAACAAUGAUUAAUUACAUUUCCUAUUAGUUUUCCUCGUCGAUGAGAACGAAAAAACAUCAACAUCUUUGUCUUUAAUUGUUAUACGAAUCGCAAGUGACUUGUCGAUUAUCAUAUCGAAGGUUAUAUCGUUCUUUAUUUAUUGAAAAUAACUUGGUAUUUAAAGCAAGUGUUUAACCUUUAAAUGCUCAUGACUUCGUGUGAUCUGUUGCAGUGUUGACAAUGUCAAAAACUCAUAUACCUACUCGUUUUAAUGGAGAAGCUGACAAUUUUUAUGACCCUAAUUUUACUUUGGACGUUAAUAAAAGAAUGAGAGUCCCUAAAAGUAUUAGAGUAAAUGGAGAUUAUACAGACGAAGACAUUUCGACUAUGAAUGGUUCUGCUUGGAAUCAAGCGAACUCAAACGAGAAGCUUGAAAUGCAUGUACCAGAUAGGAUUCUUGUCGUAGGUCAGGAACAGCAUAUUGGUACGAAAGCUCCGCCAAGAGAAAUUACUCUAGAAAAUGCUGUAAUGCCACCAGAACCGGGCAUUAUUAGAGUUCAGACACCACCAAGAAUCUUAACGCUGGACGAUCACUAUUUUCCUACAGUAGAUGAAGAAGAUCAGAUAAUUAAUGCUAGUGAAGUUAAAGACUUACCUAGGACCAAUCCCCAGUUUAAUAUAGAAACCCAGAUUGUUAAGCGUGGAAGAGAACAAACACCAUCCUACAGUUCAGUAGACGUGUCUCUUCCACCUAGCGAAGAAGUACAACAUUUACGUCGUCAAGUUGGAAAACUAAAUCGUCGAGUAAUGGCAGUCGAGUUGGAAAUAUUACAACGGCAACAAAGAGAUAAAAUUUUGUAUACAUUAACUUUAGCAUAUUUCAUAUUGAAAGCAAUUUCUUGGUUAAAUAGAAAUUGAAGGUUUCAUUUUUCAAGAUUGCAUGUAGAGAAAAUACAUCUUAAACAUGAAAACGCGCGCAUACCAUGGUGCUCUUAACAGCAUUCUAUACGAGCUAUUCUUGUUCUCAAAAAGUAUAACCAAAGAUUUAUAUCAUUCAACUUGCAAGAAUUAAUCAUCAUUGCAGUUAUAAGACAUCUGACAAUUAUUUUUAAAUCAUGAGAAAAAUUUGCAAAUCCGUACUAAUUUAACACAUUACAAGAGUAAACAGUGGUAAUAGAAAGUAAAUGUAAAGUAAUCUAUUAAAGAAUGUAUUAUUUUCAAUA